CGUUUUUCAGAGUCAUUCAUCUCGAUGUCGAGACGAUCAAUUAGGGGGUUUCACCUUUUCCUUUGAGGCGCAUCCGUAGUUCUACAUUUUUAACGUUGCAAUCUUAUAUAAACUUUUUCCCUCUAUAAUUGUUUCGUCUACGGUAAGCAGUCCUAAUGUUUUCCUCUCGAAGUCUUAGGAAUGCUGAACACUACUUGUACCCUAACCAGUCAUACGGUUCCUCCGCUCGGGAAUGCUGAACUCUAGAAGAAGCUUAUGGUUUCUCUCUGCUCAAAAACCCUUGAAAAUUUCUCUAAAUACGAAAGCAAACAUUGUCGAUCGACUCAUAAACGCUAUUGAAAUGCUAGGGCAAGAGUUGUGGUUCAUCGGUUAAUAAAAUUUGAACAACAAAGUGUCUUCUCGUUUUUUUCCUUUAUUUCAGGGCAGUGAGCAAUGGUGGAGUCCUCAGAUUCUGGUGCUGGAUCUAAUAUUGAAUCUUCUGAUUUUAACUUUGCAUUCAACAAUGUGAAUUUCUCUGAUAGGAUUUUGACGAUAGAAGUCAUGGCGGAGCCCUUGACAGAAAAAUCAGGGGAUGAAUAUUGUAAGCGCAGCGGCAAUGGGAACAUGAAAGGGGCGCAAGAGAUUGAUCAGGAGAACAAAGGGUUAGGCCUUUUCUUCAACAGUCGCUUCUCAAUUGUUGCACUUGGUGGUUGUCUACUGCAUUACUUGUGUCGAGGUGAGGUAGCAAAUGAUGAUGAUGAGGUAGCUGAUGAUGAUGUUCCAACUUGGAGCAAAGAUUCUUCCACUGUUCUGAGGGUUAAGAUGUUAUACAUCAAUUCCGCAAUAUUGGCUCUGAAAAGCCCUUUCUUUCACAAGCUUUUGUCAAAUGGCAUGCGUGAAUCAGUUCAGAGAGAUGUCAAGCUAUGGAUCAGUGCUUCAGAGGAGGAUGCUUUCAUGGAGCUAUUGAAGUUUAUGUACUGUGGGAUGCUGUCAACAAGUACUACUCCAAGGUUGUUGUGGGAUUUGUUGGUGGUUGCUGACAAAUUCGAGGUUGCUUCCUGUGUGUGUCACUGUUGCGCGUUGCUGGGUAGUCUUCCCAUGAAUCGAGAUUGUGCCUUACAAUAUCUUGAGCAUCCUUAUACAAUGAUAGAUGGAAUAGAACCUCUUCUUGUUGCUGCAAAGCAGUAUCUUGCCAAAAAAUACCAGGAUUUAUUUGAGUCUCAUGACGAGCUGAUGGCCUUGCCUCUGUCUGGCAUCAAGGCAGUGCUCUCAAGCGACGAGCUGCACGUGGGAUUGGAGGAUGCCGUAUUUGAUUUUGCCCUCGAGUGGGCACAUGCUAAUUACCCCAAUCUCGAGGAGCGACGUGAGAUAUUGGGUUCACAUAUUUUCCCUGUCAGACGCUUUUCCCGCAUGUCAACCCACAAGCUCAAGGUGGCCUUUGAAUGUGAAGAUAUGGACCCUAGCCUCACAUUGAAGUGGGUGGCAAGGGCCUUUAUUGUCAAGGCAGAGGAGGCUGAACACCAGCAUUGUGGGACUGAGUGUGCAUACAAGCGCCCUCCAUUAAAGGUAAUACAGUUGGCAGCAAACCAUGCCAAGUGCCUGGUGUUCUUGGACCUUCGGCGAGAGGACUGUGCUACCCUCUUUCCAACAGGAUACAUGAAAUCGCAGUUGUUCUACCUUAAUGGCUAUGCCUUCUUCCUCCGUGUUCAAUGCAUAAAAAAUAAGGCAAGCUCCCCCCAUUCCUUUGGUCUUUUCCUUGGGAUGGAGGAUGUGUCGGACAGUGUUGUCACCCAGUACAUGUUUGCAUCUAGAUCGGAGCGAAAUAAGGAAUUUAGAACCAUUCAGAUGAUGGAGUAUACGUUUGACAAAGGGAACACGCGUGGGUAUGGAUUGGCCAACCUCUUCAACACUCCAUGGACCUCAUUCAUCGCUGAUGACAGCCCCCACUUCUUGAAUGGUUUGCUUCACUUGCGUGCUGAGGUAAUCAUCAAGACACAUUGAUCUCACUUUUUGAAUAUCGUCCAUAGAUUUAACCCGUCAUGUCACAAUGACAUGUUCUCACAUGCUUCAUAGACUGCAGUACUCUAGGGCUUUCAGUUGUUUUUCUUUUUUGUAAAUUGAAAUGGGCAUCACCCCUCACAAGACGGUUCAUACAUGAAGCACCCAGCUAUGAGACAUUGUGCUCCAAGAAGAUAGCCAGAUUUGAAAAUUUUAAAGCAUUGAACUUCAAACUUAACCAAUGCAUUACGUUGACCUUAUGUAUAAUUGUGCAAGGAGGGGAGAAUAUUAUUGUGCUCCGUUGACUCACAUAAACGGAGACCAUCAUACAAUACUCUAAGAUUUGCUGCCAUUUAAGUUUCAACUAUGUUGUAUGAAUUGCCAUGUUGGGCAAGGUUUGUCAAA